AUGGAUACCACCGUGUGUGUGGAGCUGCUGCGGACCCUUCUCUGUCCACAGGACAAGUACUCCGAGUCGAUCCACCUGUCAAUGGACUACAUUGACCUGAAUUGGCUAAAAAAAAACCGCCAACCCCCCACCAACCUCCGGAAGAUUCAGGAUCUAAAUUUCCAACCCCACGAGGACCUCAAAACCCGGACCCCCAUCCCCACCCUGAACUCCCCGCGCUCGGUGCUGGUUUUGCUGCGGAACGGCCUCACCAUUAACGACCUGCUGCCCCUCAAAGACACCUCGGAGGAAGCCCUGCAGGUCGACUGCGAGUUUUUGCGUCUGCUUUCCCCCACGCGGAUGGGAAAGAUGGGCCCGUCGACGAUUCGCGAGAUGGUCCGCACGCAUCGCGCCGGGGCGGACCAAAACCGCCGCGCCGCCCUCUUCGCCUUUCUCCUCGAGGACUACCGCCAGCUCUGCGAGCAGGUCUCGCUGAGUGGGAUUGUCGAGGCCUUCCGCCUCCCCGCCCCCCCGCGGCCCCUUUCCGCCUCGCUCGACCCGCACCGCGAGCGAAUAGGCCGGAUCUUUUCGCUGCGAAAGUCCAAAAUGGCGAAGACCCUCACCCUGGCGAACCUUCUCAAGGCGCGAAAAGAAACCAGCGAGGCGCGCCUGCGGCAAAUCCAGUCCGAGGCCCAGGCCGCGAUGGUGAGCAAAGCCCUCAAGGAGGCCCAGGCCCGCCAACGCCAGCGCGAACGCCUGGAGGCGCACCAAAACAAAAAAAAACAAAUCGAGGCGAUCUUCCAGCGCGCGAUAGAGGAGAAACUCGCCAGGGCGGCGCAGCGAAAUCGCGAACGCCAGGCCGCGAUGGCGCGGUUGUUCGCCCAACAACAUCAACGCCAGGAGGCCUUGAAUGCCGAGCGCUCCCAGCGCUUUGAAGGGAACGCGGGGGUGCACCUUCAGCUCGCGGAGGAGGUCGAGCGAAAGCGUCUCACGAAGGAGGCGAAGUUGGAGUUUGGCAAACUUCUCCAGGCCGAACGGCUCGAGGUGGAGCGGUAUACGCAGAAACUCGCCCAGGCCAAGGCGAUGCGCGAGCGCGAGGCCGUUUUAGGCCGGGUCGCCGAAAAGCAGGCGGCGACCCUCGAGGCCGCGAGGCUUCGACAGCAAAAAGUCGAGGCCCACCUGCUGGAAUUUCGCAAAAAGUGCGAGGACGAGCGCGCCGCCCGCGCCGUCGAGGAGGAGGAACGUCGGAAACGGCAACUUCAGGCCUCCGCGAAGGCGGUGGAGCUCGACGAGAGCCUGCGAUUGCGCAUUACGGAGAAACUCCAACAACGCGAUAAGGCGUACUACACCCAAAAACGCGAAAACCUGCUCAAACGCGUGACCGUGCGUGAGCAGGAGCGCGAGAUCGAGUCCGCGCGAUCCUUCGCCGUGAUCCAGAACCAGCGCGUGAAGGAAUUUUGUAAACUACAUACGAUUAUAGACCUUACAGGAAAGGAAAAAAUUGCCGAGCAAUUAAAGAAUCAGCGCGAAGAAGCUUUAGAGGAGACCCGUAAAAUCAAUGAGAUGCUGAACAAAGAGCGUGAAAACCUGCAGCAAUAG